GCCAGCCCGUCCUCCUCCCCCCGUCAUGAUCAGUGGGAGCUCCGGGUACCAGGACGCUCCUCCUGUCUACUACACCGCCUCUGAUGGUGCCACCCAGACCGCUGCUGGCUCCUCUCCUCCGGCUCAGACUCAUCACCCUCCUCCGGCUGUCUGACGGUGCAACAUCGAGCUCAUCAGUCGACGUAAUGUAGUUCAUUUGCCAGAAUCAGUCGCUGCGGACUAAAUGACGCCAUCAUCGCCGGUGUGACAGCAGAGAGCGAAACAGGGCCUGAUGAUGGGAGACAGAAGGAGGUCACCAUGUGCCGAAAUCUGUCCAAAUAUGCCCUCAUCUUCCUCGUCCUAGCCCUGUCUGGCCUCAUCUUCCUGCUGUGCAACAUCCACACUGUGGAGAACUGGAACUGCCACACUAUUUCAGCCCUCUACCAGCUCCAGAGCAGGAUCCAGUCGUCCUUCAUCCCAGUGAAUCUCCCCACUUUCCAUCCCAACCGCACCUUCUGUGCCCAUCUGGGCCAGAAACCCUUCCCCGAAGAUGAGCUGGAAGAGCGCUACCUGUUGGACUCUAUCACCUGGCCCGGGCCUCCGCCUCGCACUACGCCGACCACCCUUCGCCAGACGAGCGACCCCGUGCACAGCCUGUUCGCCAUCCUUCCCACCAAGGGAGGGAGGGAGUGGCACGUGGGCGACCAGCUGGAGGCCCUCGUCCAAAUGCACGACUUCCAGGGCCGUCCCAAGCACUACGGUGGGGAUUUCCUCUUGGCCCGACUGCACACCCCGGAGCUUGGAGCAGGUGUAGCAGGUAAAGUGCUGGACCACAGGAAUGGUUUUUAUUCCGCUAUGUUCCCGCUCCUCUGGGAGGGGUCCGCACAGGUUGAGAUCACGCUGGUGCACUCCAGCGAGGCAGUUUCUGUGCUGCGACGUUUGAGGGAGGAACGGCCCGAUCGAGUGUUUUUCAAGAGCUUGUUCCGCCUUGGCUUCCUUUCUGAAACUACUGUGUGCAACAUGUGCCUGCCUCCUGACCAACAGCCUCUGUGCAACUACACUGACCUUUACACAGGGGAGCCCUGGUACUGUUACAAGCCUAAGAUGCUCAGCUGUGACACCAGAAUCAACCACGCCAAAGGAGGCUAUCUGAAACACCUCAUCACCAACAAAGAAGCAUUGCUCUUCCAGAGUGGUGUAAACAUUAAAGUUCGCGUACACGCUUCAGGACCCGACAGAAUCAACGUGCUGCCUCCCAGGAAAGAAGUCGAGGUAGAAAGCAGCAGCACAAAACCAGAACCUGUUAAGCUGGCACCGUCUGGAUAUUACUACGAGGACUCCUGGAGGCCAUUAAAUGGCGUCACAAUGCGCCGGUUCAGUGAAUCAUCGGCCAUCACUCAGUGUCUGAGGAACAAGGUGAUCAACAUGUACGGGGACUCCACUGUCAGGCAGUGGUUUGAGUACCUCAUUGCUUUAGUACCAGGAUUAAAGGAGUUCAACCUGCACAGUCCUAAAAACGUCGGGCCUUUCAUGGCGGUGGACAGCGGCCAUAACAUUCUCUUGAAGUACCGCUGCCAUGGCCCGCCCAUCCGCUUCUCCACCGUCAUGUCCAGUGAGUUGCGGUACGUUUCAAACGAGCUGGACGGCCUCUCUGGGGGCCCCAACACCGUCGUGGUGCUCAGCAUUUGGGCUCAUUUCAGCACUUUCCCCGUGGAGGUGUACAUAAGGCGACUUCGGCACAUUAGGCGGUCGCUGGUGAGACUUCUGGACCGAGCGCCGGGGACGAUCGUUGUGAUUCGCUCGGGCAACCUCCAAGCCCUGGACCAAGAGGUGAGCCUGUACAACAGCGACUGGUACUCCCUGCAGCUCGACGAGGUGCUCAGGUCCAUGUUCAAGGGACUGAACGUGCUGCUGGUGGACGCAUGGCAAAUGAGUUUAGCACACCACCUUCCUCACGCCCUCCACCCACCUCCAGUCAUCGUCAAGAACAUGAUAGACACACUUUUGUCUUACGUUUGCCCAGAGAAGAAAAAGAGCCAACUGAUUUAGAAGAAGAGUGACGAUAGUGGAUCAGAGGAGUUUACUUUGUGAAUCCAUCAACCAGUUCUUCAAGUUCCAACAGUUUACGUGUUCUCCAAAGCUACACACCCUUUAAAUACUGUCUUUACUGAGAGACUUGCCUGAAUUCUAGUAUUGGUCUCUGUUUACUUGCCUGUUAUAUUUAAUUUGAAUCCCACAAAACUCAUUUUAUUCUGAAAAUGCCAAAGAUGUUGGCACAGUGAUUGUUAUUUCCCAUCUGCUUUUGUUACCAAAGUGUUUUAUUUACAGUAUAUUUUUUGUCUAAUCCUGUUUGUACCUGACGAUGACCUUUAUUGAUCCGACUUUGUGUCAUAACUUAUAAGAGCAGAGUUGCUGUCAUGUUUGCCAGUAUUUGCUAGUCAAAUGUGUGCUUUUCUAACUGUGAAUACGAGCAGUUCAUGACUGUAUUUUGUCAUUUGCUUACACAAACUUUGUUUAGAUCAAACCAUAAAAGGAGGUUUGAGAUGGAGCCGUACAGUACAAUAAACCAAACUGUUUCAAUGGCAGCAUUCAUAGUCA